GCGGUCCGGAAUUGGUGACAGAACUGCGGCAGCCCAAAAAAGGAGCAGAGGGGUGACCACUUUAAGUGCGGAGGAAAGUGAGGAAGGGCCCGGGCGGGAAUCGAGGGAGCCGGCAGCCGCCCGAGAGCCUGGCCGGAGCCGCAGCGCACACGCUCCCCCACCGAGCGCGCUGCUGGCCGCUCACUGCGUGCAGGGCGCAGAGCGAGGGCUCUUCUACGUUCAUUCUGUAAAUCCUUACCCGCGGCCUCCUCCCCUCGCCCGGCAGACAUUCAUUUUCCGCGCGAUACAGAGGUUAGGCGCAGACGGGCAAGAUGGCAGAGGAUGAAGGCUCUCAGGACACCUUGCGGCUCCAGUUCAGGGCCAUGCAGGAGAUGCAACACAGACGGUUACAGAAGCAGAUGGAGAAACGGAGGGAAAAAGAACUGAGGCUCCAAAGCAAAGUCGAUGACCAAAAAGAGCCCCUAGAGAUCUCCGAUGGCCUCAGCGUCCUCCAAGCUGGGGAGCAGAACUCGAAAACCAGCUUUGAGCAGAGGGUGCUUGAGGACGAGAUCCAACAGCUUCGGGAUCAACUCAGGGAAACAGUGGAUGAGAACGGGCGAUUGUAUAAGCUGCUGAAGGAGAGGGACUUUGAAAUCAAACACCUCAAAAAGAAAAUAGAAGAGGACAGAUUCGCCUUCACAGGAACAGCCGGUAUGGCUGGGGACGUGAUUGCCACCAAAAUCGUUGAGCUCUCCAAAAAGAACCGUGUGCUGAUGGCAGAGUCUGAGGGUGCGAAGACCAGAGUAAGGCAGCUAAGCAACCGCAUCCAGGAGCUGGAGCAGGAGCUGCAGACAGCCCUGGCCAAGCUGCCAGCCAAGGGGGCCGCCAACGCAGGAGCCAAGCUGUCAAGGACCCAGAUGGGAGACAGAGCCUUGCCGGAGAGCCCAGAGUUGAAGGUCUUGCAGGACAGGCUGGUGGCCACAAACCUGAAGAUGAGUGACCUUCGCAACCAGAUCCAGGCUGUGAAGCAGGAGCUCCGGAUGGCCCAGAAGGUUUUGACCAGCGAGGUUGGGGAAGAUGUGAACAUCCAGCAGCUCCUGUCCUCGCCUGGGACCUGGAGGGGUCGGGCUCAACAAAUUCUCGUCUUGCAGAGCAAGGUUCGAGAGCUUGAGAAACAGCUGGGACAGAGUCAGAGCCGGUCUGCAGAAACAGCCGGUGACGAGCUGUCUGUCUAUCCCGACCCGAGGAAGCUGUCGGCACAGGAGAAAAACCUGCUGCGGAUCCGCAACCUGGAGAGGGAAAAACAGGAAGGCUGGGAGAAACUUGCAGCGGAGCGCGACGUCCUCCAGAGAGAGCUCGAAGAGCUGAAAAAGAAAUUUGAAGGCAUGCGGUCCCGGAACAAGGUGCUGUCAAGCGAAGUGAAGACCCUCAGGAGUCAGAUGGGGACCCUCAUGGAGAAGGGUCGGCACGACGACGAGCUCAUCGACGCCCUCGUGGACCAGCUGAAGCAGCUACAGGAGAUUCUGGGCAGCCUGAGCCUGCAGGAGGAGAAGACACGAGUGUCCCAGCACCACCUGGACCAGCAGCUCAACAACGAGGCUCAGCGGAGCAGCAGCCUGGUGGCCCAGCUGCAAGCCAUGGUGGCUGAGCGGGAGGCCAAGGUGCGGCAGCUGGAGCUGGAGAUUGGGCAACUCAGUGUGCAGUAUCUUCGGAAUAAAGGAGUAGGUGAGGGGUCUGGUGGGCCUGAGGUCAACUCCGCCUACACCAAGUUGCCCGAGGACCCAAGCCUGACCAAGUCCCCGGCCACAGCAGGCGAUCACGCUGGCAGGAUUGGAUCUUCUCGCUCCGUGACCAGCCUGGGCCACACGCUGGUGGAAUCUGCCCUCACGUGGCCUUCCGUGCCCAGCCCUCACGGGGCCUCACCCAGGUUCUCGGACUCCCCAGAACAGAAAGGCUGGCAGACACAGGUGACAGAGUUCAAGGCCCUCUGGCAGGCCACUGAGGUGGAGCGUGACCGGCUCACCGAGUUUGUCACCGUCCUGCAGAAACGGGUGGAGGAGAGCAACCGCAAGCUGCUGGAGUCGGAGAGGAAGCUGCAGGAGGAGAGGCACCGCACCGUGGUGCUGGAGCAACACCUAGAGAAGAUGCGCCUGGAGCCCGGGAAGACGUCGGCCUCUCAGAGAGCAGCCCCCAGGAGCAAAACAGGUCUGCCUGCCUCUAACAUCAGGCACAACCCGAAUGAGAGUGAGAGGAAGGACCCAUUCUCCGCCCCGUUCUCCAGUGUGCCCGUGGAAUCCCAGAUGGAGGAGGUGACCACCAGGCUGGCCAUCCAGGUGGAGGAGAAUGAGAUGCUGAAGGCUGCCCUGGCCAGUGCCCUGCGGGGAAAGGAGGAGGACUUCCGUAUGUACCAUGAGACCCUGGGCCAGGUGAAAGGGAUCUUCCUGCAGGCCCUGCGGCAGCAGAAGGCAGACAAACACUAGGAUGGCAGCUCAGUGUCAGCCUGGCCGGACGGCGCAGCCUCAGGCCUUGAGAGGACGAGCCUUUGUCUGAAGACUCCAUCUGUUCCUGGAAGCCAACCUGGGGCAGCCAGCUGGGCCCCUUCUCCCAGAAGAGGCUCUGAAGAGCAACCAAAGCCAAACUUCCAUGGCAGGAGGGCAAAGGAGAAGCCCUGAGCAGGCUUGGCCACUGCAGGGAAGGACACUCCACAGCCUGUCAGCACCUGCGAGAGCGUUGGGAUGAGAAGCCAACUGUGAACGGACAGACGCAGUCCCAUGGGCAGGUGCUCAUUGCCCUUGUCCGAAGGCCUAGCAGGGGACCCUGCAUGCCCACAGGACUCCACCCUUGCUGGAGAGCCCAGAGGGCUCUGGGCUGGGAGCAUUCCCUAGGCCACCCAGCCCCACCCUCCCUUCCUCACCAGAGCAUCCUCACACCCCCUUCUCCCUCCAUGGCUCCAUCUGUGGCCAUUCCCACCUACCACAGCCUUGGGGGCACCACACUCCCAGCCACCUUUUGGCCCACCCCUCAGGGCUUUUCCUUAGAUGCAGAACCAGGGUCUUAUAAUAAUAAUGAUGAUUUUCAUAAUCACUGCAGCUCCCAGUGAGUGGGCAUCUUCUGUGUAAACCUGACCCCAUCUAGGCCUUUAGUAACCUAGGGAGUUAUCACCCCGUUUUACAGAUGGAGAAACUGAGGCUCACAGAAAGACACUGAGCUAAUAUUUAACCCUGGUCUGCUUGACUCCAAAAGCCCGGGUCCUCCAGUUCAGCGGAUUACCCAGGGUGGGCGUGCCUACGCCAGUGCUGGGCAGCUCUGCCACAAGAGGUACCUCCUUCUGCUUCCAAGAGGCUGCGGUUGGUGGGUGCUGGAGGCAGAGGGCAGAGGUGGGGUCAGCCCGGAAUUUCGGGCAGGAGGAUUUUGAGGCAGAGGGUCCAGGCAAAGGCAUAGUGUACCUCCCUCACCACGGCACAGGGAUGAGCUGGGAGGGCUGCUGCAGGAGAUCCCCCAGGCCCUGCUGUGACUGCCUCAGUGUCACCACCUCUCGACUGCAGUCCCAGCCACGGGGAGGGGUGGCUCCAAGAAGGGUCACCCACAGCCACCUACCCCAACCCCAGUGCACACACGGGCACACACAAAAGACGCAGAUCCACACAAAUAGCUAGGCUCAGGAGCAUGCAGCCGUCUGUGUACAUGCAUAUGCGCACACACGGUGCUGAGUCCACACUCACAGGCCCCUCUACACAGGCGUGUGAGCACACAUGUGUGGGUGGGUGUAGACACACAUUCCCACUCAGGAAGACCUGUCACUUGUGCCUUGCAUGUACUAUGAAAACACUCCCCUAGGGAAGCCACCUUCCUCAGGGAUGGGGUUGAGGAGGAACUCCACGCCAGCCCCCCACUCAGGGAGCCCCCACCCUGCACGGGGUGAGAGGUCUAGAGACCUCCAGCUAGUGUUGUGAAGGCCAUCAGGAUGAAGCAGUAAUUCUGGAGGUGGGGGUCCUAAGGUUUCCUGGGACAGAGGGUUUUCUGACCCCACGUAAAGGGCAAUGGCCAGGCAGAGCCAGAGAGAGGGAGAGGGCCUGUGCCUGGAGGGGACUGUGUGACAGCAAGAAGUGAGCCAAAUACAGAUCACCAGGCCAAGAGGCUGGCACCUUCUCCUGCAGGCACUGGCCCUCAGUGCAGCCCUGGGGAGGGGGAUACAGGCAUAGGACUGGCUGUCCUUCUCAGGGAUGAUCAGAGUGGCAGGGGUCACCUCAGGGAAGCACAGGGUGGUGUGACCAACACCCUGACCAUUCAAGGGUAGUUUUGCUGCCCUUCCUGGCUCAGGGCUGGGCUGAGAGAGGAAAGGGCUUUAGGUCCUGGGGUCUGAACGGGUGAGGGUGCCCAGCGCAGAUCUCUCCCUACUCACCAUCUUUGUGGCCUUGGGCAAGUUACUUAACCUUGUGAGCCUCCAUGUCCUCAUCUGUAAAAUGAGGGCAAUAAUAGAGACUUCCCUCAAGGGCCGUUAUAGGUGUCAGAGAAUGACUCAAAGACACUUAGCUGGUUAUUAGCUAACUGUUUACUUCUGUACAAGGGACAUGUAUCAAUAGAUUGAUUUCACUCCACCAAAAUAAAAGCAAGGUUUAUAUAAGAGUGAUGGGGUGAGAAAACUGCAGUCAGGCAUAGUAAAUCUUGUUUGCACGUUUUUGGAUAAAAUGAUUAGCGGGCAUCUUGCAGAGGUUAGUCUGGGCAUCCAGUCCUUGCUUCAGCCAACUGUGGGUAUCAGUUGAACCAAUGGUUUCAAUUUACAGCCCAGAGAGCUCUGCUGUGGAGCCGUGUGCCAGGGGUCCCUCUCAUGUCUGCUGGCACCUGCCACCGGCACCCCAGCUUAAUUAGACCAGGUCUGCUCCAUUCCCCCAUCAGAAACCCACUUCAGGACUCACUGAAUCAAAAGGUGCCAAGUGCUAGAGCAGCAGCCGGCACACAGUAAGUGCUCAGUAAAUGUUAGCCCUCACUAUUGCCUUUAUUAGUUCAACAAGUAACCAUCCAGCAGCUCCUCUGCCCCAAGGCAGACAUGGUCCCUGAACUCCUGGAAGCCCAAGGCCAGCUGGGGAGACAGAUUCCCAGGCCACCGUCCACUCAGCCAGCUGGCCAUCAGGCACUCAUUGAAUGCCAACUGCAUGCCAGCCUCUCCAGGCCUGUGAGGGGCCCGGAAGUGACUCUGACUUGGUGCUGCUUUCAGGGAGCUGCUGGUCCAGUCAAAGAGGUGUGGGAAAGAGAGGGCCAUGAUACAGUUUGUGUAAUCAGAGGGUGAUGGUCAGGGGAUGUAGAGACAGAAGGCAGCACCUCAGCCUCCUGCCUUCCCUGCUGCAGCUUCCAGGUUCAUUGCCCAGGUCUGGGUGGGGCGGGGGCUGUCCUUCCAACCUCCUUGCCAUGUGGGUUGGUAGACUGAAAAGGGCAGGCCCAGGGAGAGCCUUUAAGGGAAAGAGUGGUUGUCAAAGGGGCCAAGGACUGGGGCCCUGAAGGGUCUAACUCAGGUGGGCCAGGCGGGGAGUGGGGCAACCUGCUCGGUCCUGGUUAGUGCCUGUGGCCCCUCCCGAGCAGCACCACCUGUCCCCGGGGCCCUGAGGAUGACCUCCCCAGCCCUCAGGCAGGUAGGCAGCAGGUGGGCUGGACUUGUCUUUCACAGAUGAGAACACUGAAGCCCUGGACCAGGGCCACAAGGUGGUGGGAAUGGGAGACAGGUGCCUUGGAGGGUGGAUGAGCAAGACACAAAGAGGCUGGUGUGGGGCGGCCUCACGUGAGGACUCUCCCUGUCCGUAUCCCAGGCAGCUGCAGUGGGCCUGAGCGCUCAGGUUCCGACACUGACAGGUGAGACCUGGUUAAGCCAUGGGUGUGGCUUGGCCACUGUCCCUGUGGGUCCUCUGGGGCACCAUGGCUGAACUGGUUGAGGCUGUAGUCUGGCUCAAGCUGAUUCAAGCCUCAUACACACGCCAUUGCCCCUGGGCCCUCCCCUGCUCCCAGGAGCUCAGGCCAGGGCGGCCUGUCACGAGGGGACUGCUCUGGGCCCCCACAUCCAGCCAGAGCCAGCCUCUCCUCCCCACCUCCUCCCCUCACAAGCCCCACAGGGAAAUCUCUGCCCACCCACCCCCUCUCCACGGGUGCUGCCUUGACACAUUCCAUGUCUCCUCCAGUCCUUGAGCCUUACAUGCAGCCUCUAACAGCCUCUCUUUGUGAGCAAUUCAGUGAGCCAUGCCCUGAAAUCAGAAUGAGUCGCUGAAUCCACGCAAGAAUCCAGUGAGGUCAGGGCCGGCAGUGUGCCCAUUUACAGUUGAGUAUCUGAGGCUCGGAGAAGGGGAUGACCAGCGGGGCGGAGCUCAGGUCGUCAGUUGGCUGAACCUGAGCUCUUUACGGUGGAGCCAGACCACCCGUCUGCUUCCGGGAGCCAUUCUCUUACAUCCUCACAAGGGCAUCAGCUGGAUGGCCGGCCCAGGCUGGUCUCAGCUGGCCCCUGGUGUGGGUGAACUGUAUGUUUGUCCCUGCAGGGCAAUCAGCUCCAGGAGCUUAUGGGGCUGAUCCAGCUACUUAACCUCUUAGUGCAUCAGUUUCCUUUUCUAUCAGUUUGGGAAAAUGGUAGCAGUGACACCUUC